AUGAAUAAACACGAUGCACUCCUACAGAGUGAAGCAUUUCCGAUGGAGGAAAUUUUGGAGAGUGAUACAAUGAACGAAGAAAACAAAUUAAUCAUAGAAUUUAUGAGGCAUAUGCAAAAUGAAAGGGAUAAACUUCCAAGUACAGUAACUGCAAAGGAAAUAAAAAAUGGAUUGGAAUACAAAAAUAUGAAAAAUAGUGUUAAUAACAAAUCAACUCAUGAAAUAUUUUCAAUAUUAGACAAAUAUAAAGAAACGGAUUUUAAUAAAAACACUAAUGACAAAUGGAAAAAUGCAACCAUUGAAUAUAUAAAAAGCGUAAGAAAAUAUAUCCACCAAAAAUAUAAUAGGAAAAUAAUUGAUUCUUCAAAAUAUUAUAGUUCUAAUUGUGCUACAUUGUCAAAACUUAAAAAAAAUGAUAAUUUAAUUUCUAUUUUUUCAACAACUCCUUUAUGCAUUCAUUUGUAUAUUUAUGGUAUCAAUUAUAAACAAGUAGUGUACUAUAUUCAUGUAAUAGCUAGACAUUUUGUCCAUCAAAAGGAGCACACAUGGGGGUUAUACAUCUGGAUCAUAUAUUUGCUAAUUCUGUUGGAUUCUCUGCAGGCCUUGGAUUCGCAUGUAUCUUCGAAUUUGCAAUCCAUAAAACGAUUCUGUGCGAAGAAGAUAGAAUCGGUAGAAAAAGGGGAAACAGUGGAAGCAGGGGAAGCGGUAGAAGCAGGGGAGGCGGUAGAAGCAGGGGAAGCAGUAGAAGCAGGGGAAGCAGUAGAAGCAGUAGAAGCAGUAGAAGCAGUAGAAGCAGUGGAAGCAGUGGAAGCAGUGGAAGCAGGGGAAGCAGUAGAAGAAGUGGAAGCAGUAGAAGAAGUGGAAGCAGUAGAAGAAGUGGAAGCAGUAGAAGCAGUGGAAGUAGUAAAAAUGCUAACACCAGCAGAAAUCCCUGAUACGUGCACACAUGAGCUAAAUUUUUUAUCCCAUUUUCAUUGCCAAUCAUCAAUUACAACGAAGACGAAUUUUUCAUCUAAUUUGCCUAAAGAAAUUUUUUACAUAAUUUAUUAUAUUAUUACCGAUAUAUUUAAUCAGAAAUGA